AUGUUAACUACAGCAGAGUGGGACAGACUGCAGAGGCUCCAGACCCUCCUUCUACCAUGCAGAUUUGUGACUGAGCUCCUUGGGGGUGAGACUUAUGUCUCAUGCUCUGUUGUGAUACCUGCUCUCAGCCACCUGACCCACACCAUGAAAGUCUCUGAUGACGACCCAGACUAUGUGGUGAGGUUCAAGGGUGCCUUUAAAAAGGACCUGUCUGAAUGCCAAGAUACACUCAACCAUGAAUGGCUCAGGGUGGCUACAGCACUCGACCCACGCUUUAAGGACCUAAAGUGUCUACCAAGAGGAGAGCGAGGACAGGUGUGGACCAGCAUUGAGGCACUGCUGCGAAAAGAUCCAGACAUAGCUAUUCCAGAACCCACAGAGGAGCCAGCAAGGAAGAGGAGCCUCCUGCGGUUUCAUUCAGACUCUGAAUCAGAGGAUGAGGGUGAAGAGGGGCUCAGCGGUGCUCUGACCCGCUACAGGGCAGAGCCCACCAUCAGUGAGAUGGGUUGCCCACUGCAGUGGUGGUCCACUCAUGAGGGAGCCCAUCCACAGCUUUCUGCCCUGGCCCGCAAGUAUCUGGGCAGCCCUGCCACUUCUGUCCCUUGCGAAAGACUUUUCUCAUUGGUAGGCGUUCACGUGAACAAGCGCUGUCGUGAAAAGAUUACACAGAUGCUGUUCAAGGAUGUUAAAAACGCUGCCCAACUCAGGCAAAGGGCCGUAGAGGGGAAAUUCAAUGGAGCAUUGAUCAGUCCAACACUGGUGGUGAGCCCCUUUCAAGUGUUGGUAGCAGUAAAUAAAGCAGUGCAUUUACAAAAUAUUGGUAAAAUGAAGACAAGAAGUCUAUAUUCAGAAAUCAUAUUCAAUCUUUCACCAACUAAUAAUAUCUCAGAGGCCUUCAAGAGGUUUGGUAUUUCUGAUGGAGACUGCUCCGUUUUAAUAGUUUUGGUUCAUAAGCAGAAUGACACUCCAUCUUUGUCAGACAUCGUGAGCCAAGUUAAUGGAGAGCAGGUUCCAGUUCAGGAUCUAUCUUCACUCUCAGACGCAACUAAAGUCAAAAAGUUCUUUAAAAUAAGCCCACAGGAGGAAAAAAUUGGGACACUGUUGGAUGCGAUUGUGUGCAGAAUGUCCAUUAAAGAUGUUCUGUAA